AAGCCCCCAUCCGAGACUCCGGCCGACUGUUUUAUUAAUUCGAGAGAACCUCCACUUUCGCGCCGCGCGAAUCUCGACAUCGCUUGCUUUCUAAUUGACAACCUGCAGCUCCUCUUAUAGCCGUUUGCCCGCUGCCUGUUAGAAGUUGAACUUGAAUCUCCAAUAUAUCCUUCCAAGUUUUGUGAACAGCGUCUACCACUAUAACACACUUCGACGACAACCCCGCCAUCGUAUCCUCGGCAUCUAGCUUUUCGCUACUCUACUCUGCUCUCCUCUAGACACAUAAUCAACUCAUCCAAACCAACCAUGUAUGCCACAAGAGUUCUUCGACAGGCUGCGGUCCACGCCGAGCGCACGCCUCUGAUUCGAUUCCUUGGACCCCGAACCAUCCCUUCUUCAAUCGACCACACUCCCCAGCCUCACCCCGCCUCCCCCUCAGGCAAGCUCCCCGAGGACUUCACAGCCUACGGCCGCGGCGAUGCUGCUUCCACUCACUCUUCCUUCGGCGCCUACCGUGACCACGCUCAGCAGCACGGCCCUCUCCAGAGGACCAUUGGCUCUGAUGCUGGCAUCGGCGGCUCCUCUGGCCACAAGCUGGGCUCUGUUCUGGCCCCCAAGGGCGUUGCUUUUGACGUCUCCGAGCUCCCUGCCCGCUUCCGUCGCCAGCCUAUCGACCUGAGCGAGAUUGAGGCCAUCGAGUCUGGCGGCGCUGCCAUCCUUGGUUAAAUGAAGCUGUGUGGCAGGUGGCCCAAUGAGAACAAGACGAGAGUCCCAAGCGUAUGAUGUGAUGGGACGAGAGGAGAAAAGAACUUUCUACAUUGUUUUAAUAACGACUUUCUACGACAAAACGGCGUAACUCGGCACUGAUGCAUGAUUCAGAAGCGAGGUGUUGUGUACGAUGAUACUGAAUAUUGGGGAGAUGACGUGUUUGGCAAGGGCCAGAGGGAACUGUCUGCUACUUUGAAGAAGUUAUCAAAGAUCAGGCUGAGACGAGGAGGAGAUUGCUGCUUCACGUGUGGUGGCUGCUGGGCUCGAUUUGCGCUGCAACUUAUGUAGCUGACUGACUGUUUCUUCUUGUAUCUGGGCUUCACGAUUUUACAGCAAGGGGUUAUCUACGCCAAGUAGAUGCGACUGGUAUCGCAUCAGGCACCUCUUACUGGUUUCCUAAGCCAAAAAGCCUUGUUUUAUCACCUUUUAUCCCUCAACAACACGGUCGUCACAAAAAGCUGCUUCACUAGAGAGGUGGGCUAAGUGCCACAAGGCACGAAUAGUUAGCCUUGUAUUUACGCAAAAAGCCCCUUGAUUAAAUUUCAAAACUUGUACAAAAAUCCACUGGAGACUGCUCAACUCUGUUUUAAUCUGAC